AUGUCUAUAAAUUUAUCCGACGAUGAAGAACAUUUGUGUUCAUAUCUAAGAGAUUUUAUUAGAGACUUAAAACAAUUUCAUUGGGUUAAAAUUUGGAUCACCGGUGGUUGGGUAAGAGAUAAAUUAUUAGGUUACAAUCCACAUGAUAUAGAUAUCGUUGUCAUUGGUCUCACGGGACCAGAUUUCAUGAAUCAUUUAAAAAAAUACCAUUCUUUACAUUACAAUCAAUAUUUACCAUCUCAUAUAAUAAAGGCAAAUUCAGAAAAAGGCAAAGCUUAUGAUAUUGCUGCAACUAAAUUAUUUGAUAUUACCCUGGAUUUCACUGGGAUACCGCUCACUACUGAAUUCGGUGAUUCCAUAUCUCCUCGUGCCGCCAUUCUUCAAGACGUAUAUUCAAGAGAUUUAACGAUAAAUACUCUAUAUUACAAUAUUUUCAAUGGUAAAAUCGAAGAUUAUUCAAAAGAAGGUCUUUCUGAUAUAGAAAACGAAUUAAUAGACACUGUUGCAUUACCUUAUGAGACAUUAGCGGCCGAUCCAUUGAGAGUCUUAAGAAUCAUUAGAUUUGCAACUUUCUAUAGGUUUAAAAUUUUACAAGAAACUUUUAAGGCAAUGCAAAAUUCGGAUAUUCAUUACUUAUUAUCAAAAAGAGUCGCUAGAGAAAGAUUUAGCAAAGAAAUUGAAAAAAUAUUCGAUGAUGAAGACGUUGAAAUUGGGCUUAAAUUGAUUCAUAACGUACGUAUCGAGAGUAUUAUCUUCGAUUGGACAGGUGAUGAAUAUUUAAAAAAAUAUAAUAUCAUUAAUAAUCCAGACAUCGGUCUUAUUUCUUUCAUUUAUCGCCAUGGUGUGUUAAGACGACAUUUACGAAAAAUUUAUACCAAGUAUAAUGGAUUUUUUGAAUUUGCAACAUAUGAUUUGAUAGAAAUGUUAACAGAUAGUUUAUCAAAAAGAAUCUUUCUUCUUUCGAUAAUUCUUUAUCCAAUGAAAGACAUCGAAAUCAUUGCUCAUCCAAAGAAAUUAUACAAAAGAAAUCUACCCCUCUCUGAAAUGGUAGUAAAAGAAGGUUUAAAGAGGCCAGGUAAAGAAGCUAAACUUGUUUCUCAAAUAGUAGAUGGUCUAUCAGACUCUCUGUCAACGAUGUCCGAAAAUUUCGAUCUCGACGACCUAGAAGACUUUGAAGAUCAAUACAUAUGCCAGCACUGUACUCCUUGCGUGGACAAGAUUAAAGUGUACGUAGCGGAAUUUUUACUCUACAUGGGCGUGAACUGA